AUGGAGUGGCUAUAUCGUGCUGAAAGCUGGCCGCUGCCUCUCUACGAACAGAAAUUCAUCCAUGCUGAUAUGGAGGAUGACUGCUACAUGGCUGGAGAGGAGGUCGUCGGUGGAUGUUUUCCCCCUCGGAGUUGCCAAGCGCUGGGUGACGUGCACGCGAACGACUCGAGCCGCGGUGCAGAGUCCUCAAGAUGCAAGGGGACUUCUAUAGAGACGCUCAUAUUACGCUUUCAAGCUGACAAAGCGAAGUAUCUCUUGCCGUGUUACGACGGCGACGACGAGCGCGGGAUUUGGCCAAUAGCGCCUGCGGAGGCCACGUCGACAAAGGUCGCCCAGCGUUUUGACAAGUACUAUCAAGCGUCAGUCCAACGAGCAUUGAAAGGCUACUUCUUGCCAUCACCAUUCGGGCUUCCCGCCCAUCAAUCCAACGUCAUUGGCACCAAGGACGCAAAGCCGCGGCCGAUUGGCGACGGGGUCAGAGCAUGUAAUGAGGAAUGUUUUCCGCAAAACAGCUGCGGCUGUGACAAGUCUCGCCUGCUGUCAGAUGUUUUGCUAGCAAACGACGUGCCCGCGGCACCGGCUCCCCCUUCAGAGUCUACAGGACUAUCCGAGGCCGAUGCUAUGGCCUUACCGGAUCGCGCGAGCACUUCGGUUCCGACCCAGAUCGAGGCGGACGCAAUUUCUCUGCCCUUGACGGUCAUGACCGCAGCUGCGCAGUCCAGCGUUGCUCAGUCGAGCGUCGGCCGACCAGGUGAAUUCGCUAGUCGGGGGAUGACCGAAGAUACGGAGGACGAAGACGGCGGAGCUGACAUCAGUGCAGCUGCCGCAGCCGACGAGGACGGCGCCACCAACAGCGCCACGGCAGACGUGGCGGCGACCGUCCUUCCCGUAAAGCGCGAGUCGUCGGGGUGCUAUCCCAUGUUAGCGCCGGCGAUGGCGAUGACGACAGCGGCGGCCGCGAUAACCUCCUGGCUCGCUCAAUCGCACUCCGCCGUGACCGCCAUGGUUGAGGAUGAGGCCUCCGAGGCCCUUGAGGCUGAGGGAGGCCACGGGGUACUUGGCACCACUAGCACCAGCGCGCGGACUGUUGGGGGGGAUCUAGAAGGACGGCCGCGGGGCUGCGUCGUUGAGGCGCUCCCGGCGGAGGGAAGCCGGCGGCCUCGAGGUCUGGGUCGGGGCCGUCCAUCCGUCUCCGCCGCUGCAGCGGGCUCGAUUCAGCUCGAGCCGCCGCCUUGCAAGCGUGCGCGACGUACUGCCGCUGCGGUGCUUAGGACCGUGAUUGAGGAGCAGACGACAGACGAGGAGGUGGAUGGGGAAAUGGAAGAGGAGCAGUAUUCUGAGGCGGCGGCGGAGGAAGUGGAUGAUGAGGAAUUUGUCGUGCGUGCCACUGGCGGCACAAAGCGCUCUCGGACAGGUCCUUCUCAGGGUCGGACAGGUGGGCGCCUGGUCUCUGGUUCGGUAUGUGUGGACUGUGGCACCGACAAGACCCCGCAGUGGCGCCGCGGCCCCAAGGGUCCUCGCACCCUUUGUAACGCCUGUGGAGUACGUUUUAAGAAGAUUCAGGACGGUCAGGCGCUGCGCGGCGCUUCGGGUCGCGCACGUCGGUGA